CAAGUGAUUUCUGCAGAUUUCUUGCAGGGUCAAGCUCGGUUUUCAGUACGACAGACUUGCUUCCUCCGCCCCAUCCCUCACACCCCCGUCCUCAUCAUGGCUGCUCAUUCGUUCAUCAUAAUUCAUGCCAUAAUUUUGAAUUUUACAUUUAUGGAGAGUAUUGGUGGGAAACUUCUGAGGGCAACGACAACUUUGAGGGACCAGGUUACAGCAGCAGAGGCGCAUACCCAUACCCUCACACCAGCUGCCCUGACAAGGCGUCUUUCGGUGGAGCGGAUGCCGAGUGUCGGUCUGUCUGCAGGAGUGACGAAGACUGCCCCGCACUCCAGUACUGUUGCGUUAGUGAAUGCGACCGUAGGUGUGUCACGCCACAAAUGACGGAUACAGGCGACGACUGUGGUUGCUCAGUGUCAUUUCUACCGAUGACAUGGCCAAGUAGUCCGUCUUAUGAUUCAGGAGAAGUAAACAUAAGAGUUGUCAACUUUAUAUGGCAAUCAGUAAAAGACAGUUUUUCUCCGUCAAUGGAAGUCCACCUGCUUGACGAAGACUUCCGAACUACCGGAAUAGGACAAGUCGACGAUCUCUGCCAACUAGAAAACAUUUUACAGUUCGAAUUCCGUACAAAAGGAUUUGAUUUGUUCAAGAAGCCUCACAGAAAUCUAAUUGUGAUCGGCGACAGUGUCGACUUCUUCACUAGAGUUAGUGAAGCGGGUGCACUGGGUGAGAUAUUCGAGUCAGUGUGUGCGGUGGUUGUUGGUAACGUGACGCUCAGCGACAACCUGCUAAGCCAGUUCGCUUCCACUGCCAGUCCAGGAGAACCCUGCGUGUGGCGGGCGGAUUCUUACGACCAACUGGGCGAUCUCAAGCCGGAAGUGGAGGUCGUGAUCGACGAUGGUAGCUGCCUUUGUCCUGGGGAAACAAAGGAUCAGAGCGCCUGCGCAGGCCCUGGCGAGAACUGCGUGCUCGACGAGGACUGCGGGCUGAGGGGCGACUGCGUCAACGGCGUCUGCAGGGAGCGACCCUGCUACGUGCCAGACUCCUACGAUCCAGAGAGUGACAUCAAUUACGAUUACUACGUAGAAGAUUAUUAUAAUUAUUAUGGGGAUUAUAAUUAUUAUUCUGGAUAUGACGUUGGGUAUUACUUUGAGUACGAUUACCAUUAUAGCGACGGUGUUUCAAAUCGAAUGGAACAGCGGAAGGAACCGUUGACUAAAUUAUCUCAAGAGUUAAAGUCAAAGGCUGAUGUCAGAGAUCUUUCCAGCCUCUUCCAAGGAUGCUGCAGCAGAGGAAGGAUGCUGUGCAGCGGAGUGCCAGCGGUGUGCGUUUCCCCGGACGCUGUCUGCGACGGAACUGCUGACUGCAUCAACGGGGAGGAUGAGACGCCGGAGGCCUGCGAGAAGCACAUCCUGCUGUCCCUGGGAAGGCUAAGGUGGAGGAGAUACUAGCAGCAAUGAAGGAACGUGUUGCCGCAACAGCAAAGCCCAUCGCACAUAUUGUCAACACAUUUUACGCUAGAGUUGAAGUCGGCUCAUCUAAUACAACGGCAGACGCCAUCAAGAGGACGCUGAGGCGAGUCUGGCAAAAGGCAGGUG